CAAGCGCGUUGCCGGCCGGCCAACAUGGCGACCUUCGUGGACAUUCUAAGGAAUGAGUUCCCGCAGCUGGAUGCAGAGCUGUUGCAAUACGUAACAGAUAUCCUUGACAGUGGCCGUGCAGACUUUGAAUCAGAGACUGAUUUGUUUGAAGCUGUGGGUGAGCUGCUGCAGGAUGUUUCCAGGGAUACCAAGGAUGAUGAUGAUAUCCGAGAUAUUUGUCAGCGCAUAUACAGAGCCAUGCACCUGGAGAAUCAUCAGUUACCUGCACAGGACCAAGUCCUUCUGCAGGCCCCCAUUCAGCUCUCCAAGAUUUCUGACAGUUAUGAGGUCGAUGAAAAGAUCCAGAAUGUUAUGUUGCUGAAGAAGGAUCAAUCAUCGACAGUGGAUGUGAAGAGGCUGGAGAAAGCAGAAGCAAAAUUGAAGUCUAAGCAAGAGAAACGGUCUGAGCGAGAUUUACAAAAAUCAACUGGAAAUGUGGUAAUGGAGGAAGCCUCUGCCAGUCAAGCUGCAAGUAAGAAGGAGAACCGGAUAGAAUCUAGUGGAAAAAACAAAUCAUAUGACAUAAGGAUUGAAAACUUUGAUGUGUCAUUUGGAGAAAGAGUUUUGUUGACUGGAGCAGAGCUGCAUUUGGCCACUGGCCGUCGAUAUGGAUUGGUUGGGCGAAAUGGUUUGGGUAAGACUACCCUGUUAAAAAUGCUUGCAGGGCGCAGUCUUCGUGUCCCGUCACACAUCAGCAUCCUACACGUGGAACAGGAAGUGGCUGGUGAUGAAACACCUGCAUUACAGAGUGUUCUGGAGUGUGACACACUUCGGGAAAGACUUUUACAGGAGGAGAAGGAACUUAACACAAAGAUUAGUGCAGGCAGGGGUGAUGGAUCAGAAAGUUUGCGUCUCUCUGAGAUCUACAGCAAACUGGAAGAAAUUGAAGCUGACAAAGCUCCAGCAAGAGCCUCUGUUAUCCUUGCUGGUUUGGGAUUCAAGCACUCGAUGCAGCAGCAAAUGACCAAGGAAUUUUCUGGAGGGUGGCGCAUGAGGUUGGCCUUGGCUCGGGCCCUCUUUGCCAGGCCAGACCUCCUGUUGCUGGAUGAACCGACAAACAUGUUGGACGUGCGAGCCAUCUUGUGGUUAGAGUGUUACCUUCAGACUUGGCCCUCUACAAUCCUUGUUGUUUCCCAUGACCGGAACUUCUUGAAUGCUGUGGCCACCGAUAUAGUGCAUCUGCACAGCCAGCGUCUGGAGGCUUACCGGGGAAACUUUGAGAGUUUUUUGAAAACCAAGGAAGAACGUCUUAAAAACCAGCAGCGGGAGUAUGAGGCACAGCAGCAAUACCGAGAACAUAUACAGGUUUUCAUUGAUCGUUUUCGAUACAAUGCAAACAGAGCCUCACAGGUUCAAAGUAAACUCAAACUUCUAGAGAAACUACCAGAAUUAAAGCCAGUAGAGAAAGAUACAGAAGUGAUAUUAAGGUUUCCUGAUGGGUUUGAGAAGUUCUCUCCUCCUAUCCUUCAGUUGGAUGAAAUUGGUUUCUGGUAUUCCUCAGAUCAGCCAGUCUUUAAGAAUCUUUCUGUAUCUGCAGACCUUGAUUCUCGAAUCUGCGUGGUGGGGGAGAAUGGAGCUGGGAAAUCAACUAUGUUAAAGCUGCUUAUGGGGGAACUGUCUCCAGUACAGGGAAUUCGGAAUGCACAUAGGAAUUUGAAGAUUGGUUAUUUUAGUCAGCAUCAUGUUGAUCAGCUGGAUCUGAACAUCAGUGCUGUGGAGCUUCUAGCAAAGCGAUUCUCUGGUAAAACUGAGGAGGAAUAUCGCCACCAGCUGGGAAGUUAUGGGAUAUCUGGCGAAUUGGCAGUGAGACCAGUUGCUAGUCUUUCUGGGGGCCAGAAGAGCCGAGUGGCAUUUGCACAAAUGACCAUGCCCUGUCCCAACUUUUAUAUUUUGGAUGAACCAACAAAUCAUUUGGAUAUGGAGACCAUUGAAGCUUUGGGGAGAGCCUUGAACAAAUUCAAGGGUGGAGUGAUCUUGGUAUCUCACGAUGAACGUUUCAUCAGACUCGUGUGCCAAGAACUCUGGGUUUGUGAAAACGGUGGUGUGACACGAAUUGAAGGUGGCUUUGAUGAGUACAGAAAUAUCUUACAAGAGCAGUUUCGCCGUGAGGGAUUCCUAUAGAGUGGACUCGGUGGGAUCCUGGCCUUGCUGCUGUCUGCCUACCGAGCCCUAUGCUGCGCCAUGAGCGUUGCCAUGGUAAAAUGUUGGGGAGCAGAGGACUGAACGUUAAAUGGAGCAAGUUGCUACAUUGAACUCAGAUACUCCAGCUGUUUGAUCUGAGCCAUUACUUGUGAGAUAUAAGGGACUGUAUUUAUUUUCAGACUUUAAAGAGGAAUAACAAAAACAGCUGUUUGUAAGAAGUGAUUCUGUUUUAUGCAGUAAAGGCUGGGGCUGCUACCUUUGCUAAUCACAGUGCUCUGUGUAUCUGGUCCCUGCUACUGAAAUGAAUCUGAAUACCAAUCACAUUUUUCAUAUAAAAGCUGCCCUUACAUUAA